AUGCGUAUCUCAACCAUUGCCGCGCUCAUCAUGGCGCCUCUCGUCGUAUAUGCAGCCCCUGCUGCGUAUGCAGACCACACCUCCAUCGCCCAGCGUGAUGCCGCCCCUCAGCCGUCCGUCACUCAACGACUCGAUACCGUUAUCGAAGAGGGUCAGAAGGUCACCAAGCUUGUCCAAAGUUAUGGCGGCGGAUUCUGGGAUGGCAUAAAGCUCUACAACAGAUUCCAGGCUUGCCACAAAGCCAUUACAAAUGCCGAGAAGGCUGCGCAAGACUCAAACCCUUUGGGCGAGGAAGAAAGUUCAGAUGUUACUGACGCUUUGGAACGUCUUUCACCUGAGUUUGUAGAGAUCUCAAAGGCUCUUUACGAACGUAGAAAAUUGAUUGUCGGUACACACUACACCCCUCGCUUUCUCAAGGAAAUCGUCAAGUUGAGAAAUAACGUCAAGACUUUGUACACGACCCUUGAGAACAAAGCUUAUCCUUCCGAUCAACCAAGAAUCGAGGCACUCCGCCGUCAAACCGAUGAUCAAUUCAUCGCCGUGAAGAAUGAACUUUUAGGCAACCCCAAGAAGACCACAAGAUCUAUAUCCACAGACACCGACGCCAGCGAUAUGGAGGCCAUGUUCCUUCCCGUGGCAACCGGAUCUACAUGGGAUGAGAUCAAGGAGGUUCUUGAGGUCUUCAUGGAAUUGGCUUCAUCUGACUCCUCGGGCUUCAAGGAUAAGGCUGUUGCUGAGACUCUCGUCUCCUCGCUUACAGGCCAACUCACAAGCGUCGGCGAUUUCAAGAAAGAAUAUGGACUCGCUGAGUAG